AUGUACGGCGACAGACCUCUGGAUCAUCCCCUGGGCUUCCUAGUUGCCUUUGGGGCCUUUUUGGUCCAGUUUGCGGUAUUUGGUAGCAUGAACUGCUUUGUCAUAUUUCUUGAUGAUAUGAUGCAUGAUGAAACCCUUGGGUAUCCAUCUCAGACGGAGUUGAGUUUUGGCACUUCGAUUUCUGCGGGGCUUUCACCCGUCUUUGGCAUUCUCUCGGGUUUUUUGUCGGAUCGUGUGCACCCUCGCAUACUGCUUUUAAUCGCAAUGGCCUCCGCUUUCGCAGCUAUUUUGUUAAUGACGUUUUGCGCCAAGACAGGGAUUGGGGCAUCGCUGUACUUUGCCGUCUUGAUGUCGUUCAGCGCAGGUAUGAUGUUCACACCGACAGCAGCCGUUACUUCGACAUGGUUUGACAAACACCGCGGCGCCGCUAUUGGUUUUGUGAUGUCUGGAGGGGGCUUCGGAAGUGUCAUUUUCCCAAUUUUUUGCGCCCCCUUCUUGAAUGAGUAUGGUUGGCGCAUUACGUUCCGCCUUCUUAUGGCGCUUAUUGCAUCUGGCGUCGUGGGUGCCUUGCUUGUGGAGAAGCGGUCUGAGAAAUUUUCAGCGAUGGAGAGAGAUUCCGAAGCAGAUAGUUUAUCGAUGGUGCAGCCGCCUACGGAGCCAAUAACAUUUCGUAAUACCCGUCUACAGCCAAAGGAGGUGUUGCGAUUUAUCAGUACGCCAAUGUUUAUUGUUUCAUUUUUAUGUCAGGUCUUUUACUCUUUUGUUUUUUUUACAUCCAUUUACAUUCCUGUUCCCAUGGCCCUUGCUAUGGGCAGAGAGGGAACAGUGUAUCAUGAUGCCGAACGCAUUGAUUCGGGUGUUGCCGGGCGUGUCAUGAUCUGGUUUGGUAUCGCACAGACAGUUGGCGCUAUUGCAAGUGGAUAUGUUUCUGCUAGUUUGGGUUGUGAGGCCGUGUUCUGUCUGUGUUGCGCCUUAGCUGGUAUUAGUAGUUGUUUGUUGGCCCUCACAAAUACGUAUAUUCAACUAUCGUUUGCUGUGGGGGUUCUUGCCUUUUUUUCCUCUGGUAUGUUGGCAAUUUACCCGUCAAUUUUGGCGAGGAUAUUCCACGGAGCUAACAUUGGGACUUCCAUGUCGCUGGUUUUUCUUGGGGGAUGCGUUGGUGGACUCGUGGCUCCCCCUGUUCAAUCAGCAAUGCAAGAAGCCAUGAAUGGUGAUUACACAUAUGGAUGUAUCUUGUCCUGUGGUUCUGCUGUCAUCGCUGCCUACAUAUGUUUUUUUUUCCAAUGGAAAGACGCGUAUGAAAUGAUGCCACUAAAACGAUUAGAGGUAACGCUUUUUGACAGUAUUUAG